GUCGGUGCCGCUCUGACGUCAUCGCUCGCCCCCCCGUGACGUCACCGCCCAUCCCCGUCCCUGAGCUCAUCCCGGGGUCCCGCUCUGACGUCACGGGGGAACCCCUCCGAGCCCCGCCCCUCGCUCCCUGCCAAUCACAGCGCUCGCCACGCCCCGCCGGCAAAAGCCGCGCGGCGAUUGGCUGCGCCCGCAGGCCCCGCCCACUUGACCGGGACGCGAGGGGUCAGCGCGAAGAUGGCGGCGCCCGGGGGCGCGACCCGGCGUGGGGACAGCGGCGCCCGGCCGUGACCCGGACACCGCGGGACCGCGGCGCCAUGCGGCCGGGCUGGCUCCGGGGCCUGCCCCGGGGCCUCUGGGGCGGCCCCGCAGCGCCACAGCUCUGCCGGCGCUUGUGCCAGCGCCCCGCGCGGGUCCCCCCCGCGGAGAGCGACACCUCGGCGGGGGGAGGCGACACCGCGGGGACCUCAGCGCGGCACCGCCGCUUCCACAAGAUCUGGGAGAACGAACCCCAGCCCCGGGACCACCCCGGGAGCCCCGUGGGGGGCGACACCUCGGGGGGCGACACCCGCAAGGCCGCUCUGCGCCGCCUCCGCUCCCGCGGGUCGCACCGCGAGGACGCCCGCGGCGGCGGCGGCGGCGGCGGCGCCGACCCCGGCGGCCCCGGUGACCGCGGGGACCCCGGCGCGGCGUUCGAGGCGGCGCUGCGGGAGCUGUCGCGGAGCCCCCCGGGGCGCGGGGGCCGCCUGGCGCUGGUGGAGGCGGCGCUGGCGGCGCUGCCGGCGCUGGGCGCGGAGCGCAGCCUGGCCGCCUACAACGCGCUGCUGCGGCUGCUGCCCCGCGGGGCCUGGGUGCCGCGCGGCGCCGUGCAGCGCCUGCUCUUCCCCUUCCCGCGGCAGCAGGAGUGCGGGCUCAGCCUGCUGGAGCACAUGGAGCGCUACGGUGUCAUGCCCGACGCCGAGACGCAGUUCCUGCUGCUGGGGGUGUUCGGGCCGCGCAGCCGCCCCAUGCGGAAGCUGCAGCGGAUGCUGUUCUGGCUGCCGCGCCUGCGGCUGCUGGACCCCCACCCGCUGCCCCCCCGGCUGCCCCCCGGGCUGGCGGCCGCGCGCCUGGGGCUGCAGCGCAUCGCCACCGAGCCCGGGGCCACCCUCACCCUCGUCCAGCGGCCGGUGCCGGACUCGGGGGACGACGAAGGCUCUGUCCAACCCUACAUCAUCAGCUCGCAGAGCCCCGAGCAGCGGGAGCUGCUGGCCCAGCACGGCCCCGCCCGCCCGGUGUUCGUGGAGGGGCCGUUCCCGCUCUGGCUCCGCGGGACCCUCCUCAAAUACUUCGUGCUGCGGGGAGACCCCCUGCCCCCGCACCUGAGGGACCCCCCGGCGGACCCCGAGCGCAGCUUUUACUUCCCUCUGCGCCUGGAGCUGGAGCUGGAGCGCGGCCCCUGGGACGACGACGCCUUCCACGUGGACCAAGUGGAGGAGGGCCCGGUGCUGGCGCUGUGCGUGGCGGGCGCGGGCGACCGGCGCACGCUGGGCCGCUGGCUGGCGGCGCUGCAGGAGCGCAACCCGGCGCUGGCCCGCACCCCGGUCGUGUUCCGCCUCGCCCCCGGCGGGGACCCCGCCGCCCACCCCCCCGAGGGCACCCAGCCCCCCCGGCUGGCCGCCGGGACCCCCGCCCCGGCCGCGGCGCUGGGGCAGGACGGGGGAGACGCCCCGAAAAGCAGCGGGGAAUAAAGGAGGCGCCGUGGCGGAUGGA